AUAAGUUCACAGAUAUGCUUUCGUGGAAAGGUUUCCAAGUGUCUACCAAGUUGUCAUAUGCAAUUUAUCUUACACAGUUCCCCGUGUUCUUCUUCAAUGUGGGUCGCCGGCGACAUAUUCACCACUAUUACAACUUCGUCUCCAUCAUUCUGGAUACCAAUGAAUACAUCUCCAUAUUCCUCGCCUCGGUUGCCCUUACAAUAUUUUUCGAUGCACCAUUCCAAAAUAUCAAAAAACUAUUAUUCAACCGUGCUCGUGCUCCGAGCAAGAAGCACCUGAAUGUAACUUUGAGAGUAUCAGCAGGAAACCUUUCUGAUUCCGAAUCGACACUAUCAUCAGAGCCGUCUACUUCAUCAGUGACAAACACAACAUCGUCGACAGCACCACCCCUAACAAAUAGUUCGACAUUGAAUGGGAAAGUCAUACAUGCUCACAUCGAUUAAUGAUUCGUAUUAAGUUUAACUUAAAUGUCAUUGUUUUAGCUUAAAGUGUAUAAUUACAUAAGUCAUUAUUUAAUAAUUAGCGAGAGUUUUAGGCCAUAAGUUUGUGAUGCGUACUUCUAACUAUCUACAUACCUGUAUAUAACAAAUAUAUUUUAAGAAGGAUA